UUAGUUAAAAGAGAGCAAUGCAGCAUGUUUUCAUUCUUGUCUGUCUACCUUUAUCAUGUGCUGGUGAGUUUUUAUCUGACCAGCGGUGUUAAGCGUCGUUUCUCGUAUAUCAUACCAGGGUGUCCGCGGGGUUUUAAAAAGUAUUAAAAGGUGAUAAAUCAAAAUUGCCAAAUUUAAGGCCAUUAAAAGUGUUAAAUGUGUUUUAGAGGUUUUUUUUUUUUUUAAAUAGGUAUUAUUUUUUCAGACUAUCAAGUGCCGGUACAUCAACAGAUUUGGAUUAGCAUCGUUCUUCAAAAAACAUUGUUCAUGGCAUCAACAAGGCUGGGCCAUUCGUAUUGAUGUUUGAUGAGAGCCUCAGUCAGGCAAACAAUACAACAAUACAAAGAGAAAAAAGAGGAACAGGUUAAAAUGGACAAAACUAUUGAGGAAAAGGCCAUUCAAUUAAGACACUUGCCAUAAGAAUCUUUUGCUCAUGAAUUCAUAUUAGGCCUAUAGCACAGGUUUAUGUUCAAAUCAAAUUAUAGCAGUUCACCAGUUCACAUAGUGGAUGCCAGUUUGUGAAGUGAUAUCAGCAAUAAUUCAUAUAGCAGAUGCCAGUUUGUGUGCUGGAACUAUCUCUCCAUAGCACAUUUUAUGUAGUUUGUUUUAUUUUUAUUCACGAAAUGAAAUAAAUGUGUGCAAUAUGUGGUCAACAUCAGUGUCCAAAUCUAUUCUGUUGUGUAUAGUGUUAUAUAUGUCAAAAUCUGCGUAAACGUUUGAAAGGUCGCUGAUUAACACUUGCAACUCAGUGUCGUGAUGGUUUAAAAAAAAAAAAAUAGAACGUAGUAAAAAAGGUAUUACCCUGCAUACAGCCACUGUACCUGAAAAACAAAACAUUACUUGACCACUAGUCGGCGCUGUGCCAAUGACUUGUAUGUAGCUCACCCAUUCAAUUGAUGCUUCAGUAAACUAUUACCGUUCAAGCCAUAAAGACGUGUCCGUUUAUCCUUCGCAUUAACCAGGUACUCUAAAGUGGAAACCACGAAUACAUAACAGUCUCUGUGUCUCUUCUCUUUGCACUUGACAAUACAUUACUGUAGAGUAUAUCAUAGAGAUAUAACUUCUCACUCCACUGCAUUCCUUCAUUUUGCAGUUUUCCCGAUAAUUUAGUGUCGUCUCUCUGUAAUCUGUACCUUUCAGUGACCCAUUUCCUGCAGUACGUCUUCUAUACGGCUACAUCAGGAAUCUCAAGCUUCCCAGAGUUUGUAGCAGUUGGAAUGGUUGAUGGUCUGGUCAUCAGUCAGUAUGACAGCAACACACGAAAUGUGGUUCCCAGGCAGCCAUGGAUGGAGGAGCAUCUGGAUCAGGAGUACUGGGAAUCAGAGACCGGGCUGGCCAGGACGGCUGAGGGAGCUCUCAAGGCUGACGUGUGGAUUUUAAAAGAACGCUCUAAUCAGACUGAGGGAGUGCAUGUUCUCCAGAGAAGGUAUGGCUGUGAGUGGGAUGAUGAGAGUGACGUCACCAGUGGCUAUGAGGAGUAUGGUUAUGAUGGAGAGGACUUCUUCUCACUAAAUCUGAACAGGAUGAGAUGGGUGGCUGCGAAACCACUAGCAGCCCUGACCAGAGACAAAUGGAACCCCUACGAGUCCAUAUUGAAUGGCAGGAAUCAGUACUUCACCCAGGAUUGCCGUGAUUGGCUGAAGAAGUAUGUUCAGUACGGGAACAUUACUCUCGGAAGGAAAGCCCCUGAAGUGUCUCUGAUUCAGAAGAAGUCAUCUUAUACAGUGGUGUGCCACGCCACAGGAUUCUAUCCAGAUACAGUGAAGAUCACCUGGAAGAGAGAUGGAGAAGAGAUGCAGGAGGAUGUGGAUGUGGGAGAGACGCUGCCCAAUGGGGAUGGAACCUUCCAGAAGAGAGCUAAUCUCACUGUGUCACCUGAGGAGAGAAAGAGAAGUCAGUACACCUGUGAGGUGACACACAUGAGUGGAGAACCAACACUCGUCACCCUGACUGAGGAAGAGGGAAACACUCCUGUAGGCAUUAUUACUGGAUGUGUGAUUGGAGCUCUUGCUAUUAUUGGAGUGGUUAUUGUCGUGGUUAUGAUGAAGAAAACCUAGUGGAGGGCCAACCCGUCUGACAACUCUGGAGCUACAAGGUCAGGAGGCAGGACCCAAGUUUCCUCACUCCCCUGGCAUGGUAGCCCCAAACCGGCACAUUCCCAGUCCCCUGAUUGGCUGAUUACCUGCACCUGUCACUCCCUCCACCAGUCUACUAAAACUCCUCACUCCCCUAACCUGUUGUCUGGUCUCCUCAUGUAUAGACUUAUCUUCCAGCUCCCUCGUCAAACUCCGCAAUAUUAGCUCCCCGUGUUUGAUAGAGUUAAUUUAGAAAAACUGUUCAUGACUUAAGAAUAUAUACAUCAAGUGCCUUGUAUUAAUGAUUACCUUGUAUGAAUUAUGUGCUUA